GGCAGGCGGUCCUGGAAUGUGCGAGGGGCGUGAUGACAGCGACUGCCGCCGGCCUCUUUGCGCAACACCUUCACUGUAUAUAUACCGGGCGCUCAGCUGCGCUCCACCUGGGUGCCUCCUGCAGUCCCUUACCUGCGAAGGGAGCGCUGAUCAUGGCUCCUUGGCCCGAGUUGGAAAAUGCCCAUCCCAACCCCAAUAAAUUCAUUGAAGGGGACUCUGGUCCACAGUCUAACGCAGCAGCCAAGAACAAGGAGACCAGCAAAAAUGACAGUGGGGCUCCUGUAACCAAGAUUGAACUUGUACCUGCCUGUUCCACCGUGGUCCUGAUAGAGGAACCCGCUGAGGGGAAUGACCCCUGGGACCUGCCUGAACUCCGGGACACCGGCAUCAAAUGGUCAGAGAGAGACACCAAAGGGAAGAUUCUCUGCAUUUUCCAGGGGAUUGGGAAAUUCCUUCUUCUCCUGGGCUUCCUCUACUUGUUCAUAUGCUCCCUGGAUGUACUCAGCAGCGCCUUCCAACUGGUUGGAGGAAAAGUGGCUGGCCAGUUCUUCAGCAACAACUCCAUCAUGUCUAACCCUGUGGCUGGGCUAGUGAUUGGGGUGCUGGUGACCGUCAUGGUGCAAAGCUCCAGCACGUCUUCUUCCAUCGUCGUCAGCAUGGUCGCUUCCUCGCUGCUGACCGUGCGGGCUGCCAUCCCCAUCAUCAUGGGGGCCAACAUCGGAACCUCCAUCACCAAUACUAUUGUGGCACUUAUGCAGGCAGGAGACCGGAAUGAGUUCAGAAGGGCAUUUGCAGGGGCCACUGUCCACGACUUCUUCAACUGGCUCUCCGUGUUGAUACUCUUACCCCUGGAGGCUGCCACCCACUACCUGGAGAUCCUGACCAACCUUGUGGUGGACACCUUCCAGUUCAAACGUGGAGAAGAUGCCCCAGACAUUCUGAAAGUCAUCACAGACCCCUUCACAAAGCUGAUCAUCCAGCUGGAUAAAAAGGUCAUCCAGCAAAUUGCAAUGAAUGACCCAGGAGCCCACAAUCAGAGCCUGGUGAAGAUCUGGUGCAAAACCGUAACCAACGUGACUCAGAUGAAUGUCACCGUUCCCUCACCUGAUAACUGCACCUCUCCUUCAUAUUGCUGGACCGAUGGCGUGCAAACUUGGACCAUCCAGAAUGUCACCCACAAGGAGAACAUUGCUAAAUGCCAGCACAUCUUCGUGAAUUUAAAUCUCCCAGAUCUUGCUGUGGGCAUCAUCCUGCUUAUUGUUUCCCUGUUGGUCCUCUGUGGCUGUCUGAUUGCCAUAGUCAAGCUCUUGGGUUCUGUACUGAAGGGACAGGUCGCUACUGUCAUCAAGAAGACCCUUAAUACUGAUUUCCCUUUUCCCUUUGCCUGGUUGACUGGCUACUUAGCAAUCCUUGUGGGUGCAGGCAUGACGUUCAUCGUGCAAAGCAGCUCCGUGUUCACUUCUGCCAUGACACCACUCAUUGGUAUUGGCGUGAUCUCCAUUGAGAGAGCAUAUCCACUCACGCUGGGCUCCAACAUUGGCACCACCACCACUGCCAUCCUGGCAGCCUUAGCCAGCCCAGGAAGCACCUUGAGGAGUUCUCUCCAGAUUGCCCUGUGCCAUUUUUUCUUCAACAUCUCCGGAAUCUUGCUGUGGUACCCAAUCCCAUUCACCCGACUGCCCAUCCGCCUGGCCAAAGGCCUGGGCAACAUCUCUGCUAAGUAUCGCUGGUUCGCCGUCUUCUACCUCAUCUUCUUCUUCGUGAUGACCCCGCUGACGGUGUUUGGCCUGUCUCUGGCGGGCUGGCCGGUGCUGGUGGGAGUGGGUGUGCCCAUCAUCCUGCUGGUGCUCCUCAUCGUGUGCAUCCGGAUGCUGCAGUCCCGCUGCCCUCGCAUCCUGCCUCUGAAGCUCCGGGACUGGAAUUUCCUGCCCUUGUGCAUGCACUCUCUGAAACCGUGGGACAACGUCAUCUCCCUGGCCACCACCUGCUUCCAGGGACGUUGCUGCUGCUGCUGCCGCGUCUGCUGCCGAGUGUGCUGCAUGGUGUGCGGCUGCAAGUGCUGCCGCUGCAGCAAGUGCUGCAGGGACCUUGAGGAGGGGCAAGAGGAGCAGGACGUCCCAGUCAAGGCUUCUGGGGCCUUUGACAAUGAAGUGAUGAGCAACGAGUGCCAAGAUGAGGGCAAGAGCCCAGUGGAGGCCAUAGGCAUGAAGGCCAUGUCUGACACCACGGUGUUCUAGGGGGACCUCGGAGUCGGAGGAGGGGAGAGAGAGGAUCCACCUCUCCCAUGUCUCUUGCCACCUCACCAGAGCUCCUGGGGAGGAGCAGAGCUGAUAUCCUAUGUGGGUGUCUCAGCCUUAACUUGUCCCGUGCUUCCCAAGUGCCUCCCUCUCUCUCCUAAGACAGAGGACAGAGAUUGAGACUGAAUGUGGCCCCACAGAUGACAACAUCCACUCCUGGCCCAGAAUAUGUUUUCAAUGAGCCAUCCUCACCCGAAGGACAAGUGUUAAAGGAGGCGUCAGGGAAGGUUGCGUGGAGGGCCUCUGUAAAGAGUAUUUGUAAAUAGAUGUACAAAGCUGGUCUUGGUAUAAAGUUUCAACCACAUUUUUCUUUUUUAUUUUUAAUCAAAGUCUACUCCCCAUGCCCGCUAGCUUUCCCUAGGCAUCCCUGCCCCAGAUCAGCCAGUUCAGACAAAAUGAAGCAAUUGUUUGGAGCCCAUAGGUGUGGGGCUUCCUAGUUUACAUCACAGGACAAGCCUUUCUCCAUCAGAGCUUCAGCCGGAUGGGUAUGGCCAAUCCAAGCAGUUGACCACAGCUCUCAUCUUCAGCUUUCUGGGAUGGGAGGGUCACACCUGGCUAGGGGUCCAUGACAUUGCCUUGCAUGCCUACAGUUCUUCACUGGACUUAAUCGUGGCUACAGAAUAAUGGCAGUCCCUUGGUUGGAUAGCGAUAUUCUUUCUGGGUCUUUCAAAGGCCUGUGACCCAAGUCCUCUCUCCACGGCUGCCAUCCGGAACCCAUCUGCCUGUUGAAGGUCCCCUUAUCCCAUUUCUUCUGUGAAGGAGACUUUCUGGGCCAGCUGUCUGUUUCAUCCAUCCACCCCCACCCCACCCCCACUCAUGUCCUCCGUAGAUAAGCUUUGUCCUGCCUGCCUUCCUUCCAGGCCUACAAAUCUCCAGGGGAAUUCUGAGGAGAGAGGAGAUGGGGAGUGGCUAGAUACCCUCAAAUCCUGAUGAAGCUCAGGUGAGCUCCUAUUCACCGGACAACCUUUGCUGUGCCUUUUAGAGCCCCCCCCCCUUGUUCCCAUCAUAGCUUCUCAACCCCCGCCCCCUCCAGCUUGAUUCAGGGGAGGCUGUGUGGCUGUACCACAAGACUGUCCUACACAUCCUCUCCCAACACUCUCUUCACCGUCUGAACAGGCUGACAUGCCAAAUUGACCCCUUCCCAAACAGCCAUUUAUGUGACGUAUUUAUAGCCACGCAUCUGUACAGAACUCUUCAUAAGUUAUGUAGUAAAUAGUGAUUUAUUUUAUAGUGUCUCAUUUGGAAAUGAGGCAGGGUUCUUUUAUGUAUUGUGAAGAACAGAAAGCACCUUUGUGUAUUUUGUAAUACUGCCUUUAAACACACCUCUGAGGCCACGCCACCCCCUCCCCCUGUAAAUAUGUAAGUUACACCCCAGGAGGUGGCUUUGUACUCUUUUUAUUUUUCUUUUUAAAAAUGGGAUCCCUGUUAAUUGUAUUUUUUUACUGGUUGAGGGAAGGGAGAAAUAAAAGAAUCGUCCCCCCA